AUGUCACCUCGCUGGUUCGGACAGGAAGAAGUCAGCCUAGACGUCGUCAUUGAACUCGAAAAGCGAUGGCGCGUUCUGCGUCAGAAGGAGAAGCAUGGGUUUCAGGGCAGCGAACAAGACGAUCCUCGGUGUAUAAAUGGAUACAUGAGAAUCUACAAGCAAAUUCCUACGGAGGAGACUGUAGCUGACAGGCCCAAGGUCCGGGCACAGCAAGCUAAAACCGUUGUUCCACCUGAACUUGGAGCUUACCGCCAGCUGAUGGACGAGGGCUCGUGGAAACUCUUCGGUGUUCGUAUGUGA